AUGUCUGGAGAAGACGCACCUGUCCAGCAGCAGAACGCAGUGGACCAGAAGCAGGACUCCAAGCCCAGCGAGGAGCCCAAGACAGAGUCGGAGCCCGUGGCCGCAGGGGCCGCCGACGCGCCGGCGGCUGCGGCGGACGCGGCGACCACCGAGAAGGUCCCCGAGGAGGAGGCGUUCACGUACCGCGCCCUGGUGCUCACCGGCUACGGCGGCUACGACAAAGUCAAAGUGCAAGUGAAGAAGGGCAAGCCGGCCCUGAAAGCGGCCGAGGUCCUGGUGCGAGUCAAGGCGUGCGGGCUCAACUUCGCCGACUUGAUGGCGCGUCAGGGGCUCUAUGACCGGCUGCCGUCCCCGCCUGUCAGCCCGGGCAUGGAGUGCUCCGGGUUGGUGGAAGCCGUCGGGGAGGAAGUGACGGACCGAAAAGUGGGCGACAAGGUGAUGGUCCUGAGUCGCUUCGGCCUGUGGCAGGAGGUGGUGGCGGUACCGGCCAACCACACCAUCCUCAUGCCGGAGGGCAUGAGCUUCGAGGAGGCCGCCGCUAUCCCGGUCAACUACAUCACCGCGUACAUGAUGCUGUUUGACUUUGGUCACCUGCGGCCCAACCAGAGCGUCCUCAUCCACUCGGCUGCAGGUGGCGUGGGCACGGCGGCCACGCAGCUCUGCAAGACCGUGAAGGACGUCACCGUGUUCGGCACGGCGUCGGCCAGCAAGCACGAAGCUAUCGGUCAGGCGGGCGUCACGCAUCCUAUCGACUACCGCACCAAGGACUACGUGGAGGAGGUCCGCAAAAUCAGCCCCAAAGGACUGGACAUCGUGCUGGACCCUCUUGGAGGAUCGGAUACCCACAAGGCCUACAACCUGCUUAAACCCAUGGGCAAACUUAUCACUUACGGUGCCGCUAACAUGCUGGCGGGCCAGAAGAAGAACUUGCUGGCUGUGGCUAAGAAUUGGUACCACCAGUUCUCCAUCCACGCGCUCAGCCUAAUCCAGAGCAACAAAUCGGUGUGCGGCUUCCACCUGGGCUACCUGGACGGUGAGACGGAGCUGAUCCACGAGGCCAUGGACGCCAUCCUGGAACUCUACAAGCAGGGCAAGAUCAAACCCCGCAUCGACUCUACCUGGCACCUGGAGCAGGUGGGCGACGCCAUGCGUAAGAUGCAGGAGAGGAACAAUAUCGGCAAAGUGAUCCUCACCACCGAUCCCAUGCCUGAGGAAGAGAAGAAGGAAGAGGCGCCGGCGGCCGACAAGAAGAAGGAAGACAAGAAGAAGGAGGACAAGAAGAAGGAGGAUAAGAAGAAGGACGAGGGCAAGAAGGAAGAGAAGAAGGAUGACAAGAAGAAGGAGGAGCCCAAAAAGGAGGAGGAAGAGAAGAAAGAAGAGGCCAAGAAGGAGGAAAAGUGA